ACAUGCCUUUCGCUGAUGGCUACUUUGGGAAUUGUGUUGAAAAACUCAUUUCAUAAACUAGAUAUUGAAACAACACUCUCUCCAGGAGCCACCCUCAAAUCCCAGGAAGAUUCUAGAUAUAGUUCUUGCCAAGAAAGAUGGGUCGGCUAUCAAUGCAACUGUUACUUCAUUUCCAGUGAAUUAAAAACUUGGAAAGAAAGUAGGGAUUUUUGUGCUUCAAGGAAUUCCACUCUACUUCAGAUGCACAAUAAAGAUGAAUUGCACUUUAUGAAGCUCAGUAAAUACUUCUACUGGAUUGGAGUCACCUACAGUGCAGAACACAGUGCCUGGGUGUGGGAGGAUGGCUCUGUGGUCUCUCAGGAUCUACUGCCAAACUCUCAAACUGCCAACCCAAUGACCUGCGUAGUAUACGGAAGAGCCAAUGGUAUUUGGGAUGAACCUUGCACAUCAAAAAACAUGUAUAUCUGUCAGCAACAACUUAUUUAG